CUCGAACACUUAGCUUUGAACACUUGAACACCCAUCCAAUCUGUGCAUCCAAUGGCUGACCAACUGACCGAAGAGCAGAUUGCAGAGUUCAAGGAGGCCUUCUCUCUGUUUGAUAAGGACGGUGAUGGAACUAUCACUACCAAGGAGCUUGGCACCGUGAUGCGAUCUUUGGGCCAGAACCCCACGGAAGCCGAGCUUCAGGAUAUGAUCAACGAGGUUGACGCUGACGGCAACGGAACAAUUGACUUCCCCGAGUUCUUAUCUUUGAUGGCUCGCAAGAUGAAGGACACUGACACUGAAGAGGAACUGAUUGAGGCCUUCAAGGUCUUCGAUCGCGAUGGCAACGGCUUCAUCAGUGCUGCAGAGUUGCGCCACGUGAUGACCAACCUUGGAGAGAAGCUUACUGAUGAGGAAGUCGAUGAGAUGAUCCGCGAAGCCGAUGUGGAUGGCGACGGUCAGAUCAACUAUGAGGAGUUUGUGAAGAUGAUGAUGGCCAAAUGA